GUGUCGUUUGAUGAUUGAAUUGGGACCUAGCUGCAGCCAUGGAGCCGUGGAGUGUCUCGCAGCUGCGUGAACUGGCUGCGCUGAGCGGCAGCGCGGCGAUGGCAUUUAGUUUUCGUUCAGCGCAGAGUCUGGCUCUCUUGGAUCUGACGAGAGACCAGAGCAUGGCUGUGAAGAUGGAAGAUGUGGGGUCGUUGAAUGCCAAAGGGCAGUUGGCCUACGCCUUGGGUAAGCUGCUGGGUGGACCGGUGGUGGAUGCCUGUGGUGGUGCCAAGUCUUUGGUAGCCAUCCUGGUAAUGCUCAGCGGCAGCUUUGCAGCGAUGGCGCGGUGUCAGGCCGCUGGGGCCAAACUGCUGGGGUCCUUUGCCACUGCAAGGUUCGCCACCGCCGCGGUGUGGACGUCGUGCGCCGUGGCGCUGCGGAGCAGCUUCAGCCAGCACGGCUUGGCGCAGGCGCUAAGUUUGGGACAGGUGGCCAUGCGUCUUGGAGCUUCCUUUGGCUCCAUGCUGGGUGGACUUUUGUUGAGCCGGCUUGGCAGCUGGCGGCGAUUGCUGAUGGCCUAUGCUGGUUUGGGCACUGCCACCGGAUUGCUUCUCUUCCUUCGUCUCAGCAUGCAGGCAUCCCAUGACCCAACCGGCCCCGUGGACCUGAGCACGAAGCUGGACACUUCGGCCAAAGCUGCGCUGGGGAGGACCCUGGCCAUUGCCGCACGGACACCGAGACUGUGGCUCUUGUUUGCAUCCACCACGAUGAUCACCCCCACCUUCGAUUUCGUGGCGCUGCUACCACAGUUCCUGAAUGAUGUCUACAAGAUGAACGACGUGAAGAUCGGUUCGCUGGCGGCUGCCUUUCCACUCUCCGCCCCUCCGGCCAUUUUGCUGGCGGGUGCGAUGUUGCCCAAAGUGAGCCCGAGUGGCAAAGCAGCUAGUUUGCUGGUCGCCCAAAGUGCUUCGGCGAUGGCAUUUUUCUUGCUAUCUAAGCAACCUGCACCAGAGCUGCUGAUGCCAGCUCUUGUAACCAUCAGUGGAGGUUCUGCUCCAGCUUUGUCAUGUGUCCCUCCCGACUGGAUCAUGAGGUGGGGCGGCCCCCGUGCGGGGCUCUUUGCUGGCUUGCACGAUGUGCCAGGAAAUCUGCUGGCCAUGUGGAUCUACUCCAAAGUGCCGCAGCUGCUGCGGCGGGGCGGCUGGACCUUGGUCUUACGUCUGUACGGAGUGCAGGUGGCGCUGGGCGCUCUCUGCCUGGCACUCUUCCAGGCCAUCGAAGCCGCAGAACCCACCAGGGACAGCCCCUUCGCCGCGUGAGAAA